AUGGCGCGAACAGUAGUCGCUAAACCCACAAACUGCUCCAUAAAAUGCAUGGUGUUUUUCCUCUUUUUAAGCUUUGUCAGCUCACAAAACUGCACCGAUCCCUUGCUAAGUAAAUGCACAUGCACUGAAAAGGUUUUCUUGUGCAUAUCAGCUAAUUUGACGGAGUUUCCAACAGAUGUUCCGCACAAGGAUACGAUUAUUCAUAUACGCGUGACCAACAAUAGUAUACCAGUAAUUGACAUGGACAUCCUAUCUGGGUUCACACAGCUUCAAACAAUAUCUCUGGAAGACAAUGGGCUAACUCGCAUUGCAAACCAGAGCUUGCCUUCAAACCUUUCAAUAGUCAUUCUUAAUAAUAACCCAAUAAUCUGUGAUGACAGAUUAUUGUGGCUCACAAAUGUUCCUCAAGUUGUUGGGUCGUGUGACUCAGAAGUGCAAAUUGCAACAUUCUUAGAAACCUUAAAGCCCACUCCAACUGCAAUAGACGUUAACACUUCACAGCAAGCACCAGUAGUGACGGACAUAGUGACAGAACCCAUGACAUUCACCACGGUGGGGACCACACUGGCACCGGCGACAAAUAAAUUAUACGUACUUGCCAUCAUCAUACCGAUCAUUGUACUAGUCGUUAUCUGCACGGUGAUCGUCAUCUUCAGCAUUAGGAAGACCCACCAGCAGAAAGAGGCGUACAACUCCUCCAUCAGGUACUCAGUGGUGCGUAAAGACGCAGGGGCAGGUAACCGGGUCUACAGCGACGUCACCACAGAGUUAUAGUACCCGGAUGGGUACGUGGGCGUUCCUCAAAUGUUAUCGUUGAUAUCCCUCAUUGUGAGUAGAGGGGUUUAAUCAGUACCCAAUUAGGGGAGCUGGUUGGGAUUGUACCGUUACUAAAGGUUUCCUGAUGGGCGGUAAUAUCCAAAUUGGGUAAAAAUUGUCUUGAUUAAGGCCACAGUAAGUUAUGGGUUGUUAUUGUUACCUAAACGUUUCCUGAUGGGUAUUAAUAGUCAAACUGGGAGAAAUGGUACCCAUUAAGGCAUAUAUAUCUCCCCAUUGGGAUAUAAGUGUCACCAAAAGGUUUCCAGAUAGGUAUUUAUAUCCAAGUUGAGUUGUCAGACGAAAAGGGUGUGUCUGUUAAGCUUCCGUCUCUAAUGGAGCAUUCCUGUGAUAAGUU